UCAAACCUUUCAGUAAGUUAGUUAAACCUUUUUAUUUCCAGCUGCAAAGUAAUCUCCAAAUGCCAGGAUCUCCCAGAUUUAUUUACCUUUCCGCCCUGCUGGUGGCGGUGAUGGUACAACUUAGCAGCCAGACCCAAUACCUGAACUCCUCCGGGGACAUUUGUCGCCUUUUCGCAAAUGGAACGAAGCUACGAAAGCCAGGCGGUUGCAACGAGUGGAUUGUCUGCAAGAACUCCGUGAGCGUCCACGGUGGAACUUGUGGCGGUGAGACCCCACACUUCAACCUAAAGAGUGGUACCUGUUCGAAGACCUUGGAUAGCACCUACUGCGACCCUCCGUGCAGUUCGAUGACGCGAGGCUAUGUGGGUGACACGCUCAACUGCGCCAACUGGUAUUAUUGUGAGGGGGAGAAAGUGCGUACUAGGGGGAGAUGCGAUGGAGGCCUAAGCUUCGAUCAAACGCAACAAAAAUGUCUUGCCGAUGGCAAAACCUGUGGAGCCAGGUUCGAAAUGUGCGACGUGGUCCCAACGGGAGUGCCAUUCCGGGACGAAAAGAACUGCAACAAGUUUUAUACCUGCAAAAAGUACAAGCUAGUGUCGAACACCUGCGAAGCCGGCAAGUACUACGAUAGGGCCUCGGGGCAAUGUCUGGCCCUAAAGCAUGUGGCUUGCGAACACCACCCGGUUCCGGAACAUGUCUGCGGCACUCAAGAGGAACCUCUGAGGAACAAGCUCGUCUCGGAUGGAGCCACCUGCCGUGGUUACUACUACUGCCACGAUGUCGGCGCCGUUGGACCAGACCCCCGGCCCACCAGGCAGUUCUGUGGCCAUGAUUACUUCUUCAGUCAGGAGCAUCAGCAGUGCGUGCCGCGGGACAGUCAGAAGUGUUCUUGGGAUCGAUGCGAUGGCCGCACUGAGGGCUACGAGAUCGCCGAAGUGGAGGGGUGCCACAACUACUACAGGUGCAUUGACAAUAAGGAGAGCGAAUUGCUCAGUUGCGGCGAAGGGUAUUUUGAUGCCAUAACCCAGAAUUGCACUUCCACGCGCACCGCCUACAAGGCCUGCAUCCACAAAAUCCAAUAA